UGUUUAUAUUGGGAGAAGUGGAUAAGAGGAGACAGAUGGUGGUGGAAAGUGUGAGAAAGAGGAAGGCGAAAAUGGAGAAGUAUUUUGGAAAUGCUUAUCGUGGUGACCCCGGCGUGCCCCAUUCGGACCCGGAUCGAUUCGUCAACAUUUGGGUCGGAUCCGCUCUCUUCGGUGUUCUCACAUAUUUCAAUCCCUAUAUGUGGCAGCUCUCUAAUCAGUACAAUUGGCAUGACAAAGCAAUGUUAUUUGAGCAAUAUCACUGGAAACAGGCAAUGAAGAAGAAUCAGCCUUAUGAGUUCCUGUGGAACAAGACCUGGGACAGGGUUCACCGAGAUCAUUACUACUACAACUGGCCUAUUUACUUUCCUUAGGUUCCUUCUGUUUCAUUUCUUGCAGACAUUGUCUUAUCUUUACUUUGGUUGCAAACAUGGAUAAAAUUGUUGCAAGCACUCUGGAGUAUGACAUUUGAAUAUGACUUUAAAAUGUCCAGUCCGCGUGAUGCCUUUGGAUUAUUGAGAUGUGUGUGUUUUAACUACAAAAUUAUUUAAAAUACAAAUCGUGUAAAAAUAAUGACCGAAACAUAAGGUCAGGGUAUGUUUGUUUCUUG